AUGGUGUCUAAGCUUGGUCUGUCUGUCGUUCCCCACCCCAACCCCUAUAAGGUAGCUUGGGUCAACACCACUGCCUUGGAGGUAAAGGAACGCAGCUUCAUACCUAUCUCCUUCACUGACUAUAAGGAAAAUGUUUGGUGUGAUGUAUUGAUCAUGAACGUUGGACAAAUCCUUCUAGGACGCCGCUGGCUUUUUGACAACGAUGUCCACAUUUAUGGUCGUUCAAACAUCUGCGUAUUUGAACAUGAUGGUAAAAAGAUCAAGCUUUUGCCAUCACAGGCUCGGGUUUCGAAUGAUCCUGAAUCCAACCCUGUCAAAGCCAAGAAGGAACUGAACCUGAUAAUCGUCAUAGCCCAGAGCAUGCCUUUACACACCUUAGUCGAUCGUGAGACUCCCACUAAGCCUGACGAAUCAGCUCCUCAUGGGAGUCAGCUCAUACCUAGUAUACUUGUUGAGAUCCAUCCUGAUGGUCUUCCUGAUCCAUUACCCCCGAGUAGAGGCAUUUCACAUGUUCUAGAUCUAGCCCAUGGAGCCUCCCUAUCUGAUCGUAUUCCAGGUGGACUCGACUACCUUGAUUCAGUGAUUUUUACCCUUGGUCUUAGUCUUUCUGAAAUUGCAUACAGGUUCAAACCUAGACAGCCGAUAGAUCUGAUACCCAUGAGUUCUAGGUAUAGGAUUUCUGAGUCUGCAUCAGCAUUUGCAUGA